CGGCGUGCGAUUCGCAUUGCCGACCGUCCGACAGCAAGGAGAAGACCGUCCACCACAUAAUAUAUAAUAUCAUCGCUGCACGGCGAUAACGUCAACAUUUAAUAUAAUAUAAUAUACAUUUAAGUUUUUUCGUUUUUAUUUUCUCGUUGGAUACGAUUUUCACCGCUCGCUGACGACAUGUUGUUGAAGAUAACGCCGUUUUUGGCGGCGGUAAUUGUGUGCUGUGCUGCAGCCACGGUAAGUGGAGGAGACAAACCAGCAGAAACACCAAUCGAUAAACGGAGCACAGCCAACGGUUAUGGUUCUUAUGUCGGUAGUUAUGCUCCAACUACGGAUUACGGCGCAGCGGCCGUUCAAGACGGCGCUGUAGCUUACCAAUACGCCGCAGCAGCUCCAAUCGCCACCGGCCAAUACGCCGCCGGUCAAUACGGUGCCAGCCAAUACGCUGCCGGCCAAUACGCUGCCGGCCAGUACGCUGCAGUUCCGGCGGCUGCUCCCAUCAGUGCCUUAGUGGUGCCCGCCAAUCAGCUGUUCUAUCCGCAACCACAAUCGUACGGAUACUCGUCAGCCGCUGCUUAUACCGCCCCGCUGACUUCGGUGGCUUAUAGCGCUUAUCCGGCCACCACUUAUGGCUUCCAGUCACCGACUUACAGCGCCGGAGGUCAGUCUGCCGCUUACACCGCCGGUCAAUCUGCCGCUUACACCACCGGUCAGUCGCCCGCUUACAGCGCUGGUCAGUCAGCCACUUACAGUGCCGGUCAGUCGCCCGCUUACAGCGCCGGUCAAUCAGCCACUUACAGUGCCGGUCAGUCGGCCGCUUACGGUUCCGGUCAGUCGGCCGCUUAUGGUGCCGGUCAAUCGGUCUCCUCUUACGGUUCCGGUCAAUCCGCUACCACCCCUGGUUACAGCUCACCACCUGCCGCUUCGUACAGUGCAUCGUCCUCGGCACCUUACAAAUCGAGUCCCGUGACUUUCGGCAAACCGGAAGCUGAUUCGCAAACCUACUCAGCAGCACCAUCGUACCAAUCAUCCCCAGGACUAGGCAAUUAUGUUUCUUCGUCUUUUAAGACUAAUAAGUAUCCAUCGCACUCGCCGUCCUCUUACCCGUCUACGUCUAGCCAAUAUUACGCAGCACAGCAGUCAUCGUCGUACGGAUCACCGUCUAAACCCAGCAGUUACCCAUCCUCUUCGUAUCCGUCUGACAACUCGUACAACAAAUUCAAAUAUCUGCCGCAGAGUGCGUUGUAUGGUGGAUCAUCGUACAAACCAUCCCCGUCUGCCCACUAUAAACCAUCGUCGCCAUACGAUGCAUUUUCCCAGUCUUACGGACAUUCGUCAUAUCCGUCUUCGCCACAAAAGUACAGUGGCUCUUCUUCGUACGGUAGUAGCUCAUCUCCGUACAGUGGUAGCUCAUCCUCAUACGGUAGUAGCUCAUCUCCGUACAGUGGUAACUCAUCCCCGUACAGUGGUAGUUCAUCCUCAUACGGUAGUAGCUCAUCUCCGUACAGUGGUAGCUCUCCCUCAUACAGCGGUAGCUCUCCUUCAUACGGUAGUAGCUCAUCCCCGUACAGUGGUUCAUCUUCAUACGGUAGUAGCUCAUCCCCGUACAGUGGUUCGUCUUCAUACGGUAGUAGCUCAUCUCCGUACAGUGGUAGCUCUCCCUCAUACGGCGGUAGUUCUUCCUCGUACGGUGGUUCAUCUCUGUACUCUGGUAGCUCUCCCUCUUAUAGUGGUGGUUCUCCUUCUUAUGGUAGCUCUCCUUCUUAUAGUGGUGGCUCUUCUUCGUAUGAUUCGCCGUCUCUGUACAAACCGUCGUAUGAAUCAUUAUCGCCUUACAAAUCGUCAUCCACGUACAAGUCACCAUACGGCAGCUCUAGUGCUGUAUAUCAAACAGAAUCAUUAUCCUACUAUAAGAAGCCCUCUUACUAUAACAAAUAUUCUAGCGGAUCGUCUUACGAAGGUUCUUCUUAUAAGUCACCGACUUAUUCAUCUGGUUCAUUCAAACCAAUCAUUUCUUCCUAUCCUCAAAGUGAAUAUGAAUCACCGUCAUCUUCUCCUUACAGUUCUAAGCCAAGUUCAUACGAAUACAGUUCUAAAUAUUGACACUAAUAUAAUGUUCCUUUUUUAGAUAAAUUAAUUUUUUUGAUAAAAAGCGUUUAGAUUGUAUAUUUAAAUUUGAAACUUUUUUUUUUAUUAAUUAUACAAUUAAGUUAUUCUUGAACUGUUAAACAAUUUGAAAUAUGCUAGUUGACAAAUAUUUGUUUUUGUAUUAAUAUUAAGUGCCUUAUUUAAAUUACAUUUAUAAAUUAGUGAUUAAAUUAUAUUACUAUAAGAAGUAUAAUAAUACGUUAUUUAUUUGAUCGGAGAUCAUAAUAACCACAAUCAAAUAUUAUAUUUAUGAAAUAUAUAAACCAAAUAUACCUAUAACUUUUUUAUAUACA